CGCUGCUGACCCGGCCAGAGGCACAGACCUGCGGCCUGCGCAGUCCCCGCGGCCCCGGUCCAUCCGGGGGCCGGGCUGAGCGCGCCGGCUCCCAGCAUCUGGACCCGGGAAUGGACCUUUUUCUCUUUCUCCCAAGCCCCUCCUCUGGGCCGGCGCCCGGUGGGAUGGACACCCCGGAGUGGGCGAUGUGGGCCAACAGGAGCACACCGGUGCCCCCGCCCCAGGCGCAGAACAUCAGCCUGCCGCACCGCUGCCUGCUGCUGCUGUACGAGGACAUCGGCGCCUCCAGGGUCCGGUACUGGGACCUGCUGCUGCUCAUCCCCAACGUGCUCUUCUUCGUUUUCCUGCUCUGGAAGCUCCCGUUUGCUCGGGCCAAGAUCCGCCUCACCUCCAGCCCCAUUUUCAUCACCUUCUACAUCCUGGUGUUCGUGGUGGCCCUGGUGGGCAUUGCCCGGGCUGUGGUAUCCAUGACGGUCAGCACCUCCAGUGCUGCAACAGUGGCCGACAAGAUCCUGUGGGAGAUUACCCGCUUCUUCCUCCUGGCCAUCGAGCUGAGCGUGGUCAUCCUGGGCCUGGCCUUCGGUCACCUGGAGAGCAAGUCAAGCAUCAAGCGGGUGUUGGCCAUCACCACCGUGCUGUCCCUGGCCUACUCGGUCACCCAGGGCACCUUGGAGAUCCUGUACCCGGAUGCCCACCUGUCUGCCAAGGACUUCAACAUCUACGGGCACGGGGGCCGCCACUUCUGGCUGAUCAGCUCCUGCUUCUUCUUCCUAGUCUACUCGUUGGUGGUGGUCCUGCCCAAGACCCCGCUGAAGGAGCGCAUCUCCCUGCCCUCGCGGAGGAGCUUCUACGUGUACGCGGGCAUCCUGGCGCUGCUCAACCUGUUGCAGGGACUGGGCAGCGCGCUGCUAUGCGCCAACAUCAUCGAGGGGCUCUGCUGCGUGGACGCCACCACCUUCCUCUACUUCAGCUUCUUCGCUCCGCUUAUCUAUGUGGCGUUUCUGCGGAGCUUCUUCGGCUCGGAGCCCAAGAUCCUCUUUUCCUACAAGUGCCAAGUGGAUGAGACGGAGGAGCCUGACAUGCACCUGCCCCAGCCCUAUGCCGUGGCCCGACGGGAAGGCGUGGAGGCUGCCGGCGCCGCCAGCACGCAGUUUGACUCGGCGGGGGUGGCCUACCUGGACGAUGUGGCCUCCAUGCCCUGCCACGCCGGCAGCAUCAAUAGCACGGACAGCGAGCGCUGGAAGGCCAUCAAUGCCUGAAGGGCUGUGGCUCAGCCUGGGGACCCGAGGGAGACCUGGGAGGGGGUCAGGGCCAGCCUCCGGGUGAGGGACGUGGGGCUCUCUGCACCCUGAGUCUGGAGGCCACUUCCUGUUGUCGCCCUGUGCUCCAGCUGGACUCCCUUCCUUACUACCCAGCCGUGCCCUGCUCGUCUCCCAGGGCACAGCCUGCCCCCCAGGAUGGCUGCCCGACCUCGGGGUGUGGUGGCCUCAGAGCCCGCUGUAGGGGACAGGCUGCAAUGUGUAUAUUUUCAUGAUCUAUUUUUUAAUAAAAAGGAAAGAGGA